UUCCUGUAACUCCAGGAAGCGCUGGCAGUGAGACGUGUCUCUCUGGACGGAGGCAGCUUUCGUCCCUCUUGUGAGCCUUCCUUCCAGGAUCCGGCCAUGGCUGCCUCGCAGGGGCUGGUGGAGAGGCUCCAGCGCCGGGUCCAGGAGCUGGAGGACGAGCUCGCCCGGGAAAGGAGGGCUGGGGGCGGCGGCGAGCGAAGCCCCCGGGCUCGGAUCCAAGAGAUGAGCCCAGAAGUGACGGACUCCAACCCAUACAGUCGUUUGAUGGCACUGAAAAGAAUGGGAAUUGUGAAAGAUUAUGAGAAAAUCCGCUCCUUUGCAGUAGCCGUAGUGGGUGUUGGCGGAGUUGGCAGCGUGACUGCUGAGAUGCUGACAAGAUGUGGCAUUGGUAAGCUGCUCCUGUUUGAUUAUGAUAAGGUGGAGCUGGCGAAUAUGAACCGGCUCUUUUUCCAACCCCAUCAGGCUGGACUGAGUAAAGUUCAAGCAGCAGAGCACACACUGAGGAACAUCAAUCCUGAUGUCCAGUUUGAAGUACAUAACUACAACAUCACUACUGUGGAUAACUUUCAACAUUUUAUGGAUAGGAUCAGUAAUGGUGGAUUAGAAGAAGGGAAACCAGUUGAUCUUGUAUUGAGCUGUGUGGAUAACUUUGAAGCUCGUAUGGCAAUUAACACAGCCUGCAAUGAACUUGGGCAAAUAUGGAUGGAAUCGGGAGUAAGUGAAAAUGCUGUCUCUGGCCACAUCCAACUGCUCAUACCUGGUGAAUCAGCUUGUUUUGCAUGUGCACCACCACUUGUUGUUGCAGCAAACAUAGAUGAGAAAACAUUAAAACGGGAGGGAGUAUGUGCAGCCAGUCUACCCACUACUAUGGGAGUAGUCGCUGGUCUUCUUGUGCAAAAUGUUCUCAAAUAUUUAUUAAACUUUGGCACUGUGAGCUUUUAUCUUGGCUACAAUGCAAUGCAAGAUUUCUUUCCAACCAUGACCAUGAAGCCCAACCCACAGUGUGGUGACAAAAACUGCAGAAAGCAACAGGAAGAAUACAAGAAAAAAGCAGCAGAAAACCCUAAAGAAGAGGUCUUUGAACAGGAAGAGGAAAUAGUACAUGAGGAAAAUGAUUGGGGUAUAGAAUUGGUUUCAGAGGUUUCUGAAGAGGAGUUGAAAGCUGCUUCUGGUCCAGUUCCUGAUCUUCCAGAAGGAAUCACGUUGGCAUAUACAAUACCAGACAAGGAAGAAAACCUUGUAGAUGGAGAAACUGUUGCUGAGUCAGAGGAAAGUCUAGAAGAACUUAUGGCUAAAAUGAAGAAUAUAUAGUCUCCAAAUGCUUCAAGGAAGCCUUUUGUAUCAUAUUUAGUCUUUCAUGGAUGAUGAUUCAUUGUAUCAUUAGUCUGCUUAUUUAUGUGAUUUGACAACUGUACACUCACAGCUUUCAGAACAUAAGAGGGUCCAAAUUUGUGGUGAAAACUUGCUAAGGCAAGCUGCCAAAAAUGUUUCCUUCAGUCUAUAAUCCAGAGUAUCAGCUGCCUUCUAGACCAGGUAUGGAUGGCAAGGAAUUUACUUGUUAGCUUAACAAGAGAAAUACACAUAAAGAAAUUGUGCAAAACUCCUAAUUGUUUGUAAGCUAUAUUAUUUAGAAUGAAAUAAUUCAAUAGCUGCUGUAACCUUAUUUCCUAUAGAGAAUAUUACUGGGCCAGUUCACAGGGGCCAGUAAACCAUGGCCUUCCCCAAACUGGGCAACUCUAGAUGCUUUGGCCUACAGCUGCCAUCAGCUCUGGCCACCAUUGACAAUGGGAUGUUGGGAACUGUAAGACAAAACAAUUAGAGACCCAAAUUGUGGAAGACUUGUAUUAUUAUGCACACUUACGUGUGCUAGCAUUAAAAAAAACCUCUGAAGACUUGAGCACUCCUCUUUUGAUGUCACAGUGCCGCUAGGCAAAAUAGUUAUUUCUGGAUUGUCAUCAUGUAGAUAUCAGAAAUAUGGAUUUGAAGAAACAGUGUUGUUACAUUAACUGGAGUCAUUACCUAGUUGUCUGUUUUGUAAUUGAAAAGAGUCUAGUUUUAUUCAGAUGGAUGGUUUAUUUGAAACUGCAAAGCUGGAUUUGAGGGAAGUGAAAUCAAAUUGUGGUGUAUUCCUCCUAUUCCUUCUAGCAUCCAAGGAGUUGUGGUGGGGUGUGGUUUGCUUUCAAGUUGUUUCUGACUUAUGGCAACCCUAUCACUGGGUUUGCAAGGAGGCCAAAGGCCUAAAACAUUGCUAAGCUGGCUGAGGCCAGGACGUGCUAUCUUAUUUUAUAGUUUAGUGUUAUAUGUGAACUAGGUCGGUCACUUCACAACACAUGCCUGUUAUCUUUUUAUACAGUUGUACAGGUGCAUUUACUUUACAGCAGCAUUGUGUUGUUGUGUGCCUUCAAGUCAUUUCUGACUUACGGUGACCUGAAGGUGAACCUAUCAUGGAGGGUUUUUUUUGGCAGAAAUUGUUCAGACCCUGGUCCUCAAACCACUACACCAUGAUGACACACUAUUAUAAAUCAUGGGGUCUAAGUAUUCCUUGAUACCAAAAUCAAGGGUUGUUUGUUUGUUUUGUGCCUGUUACUUGUCGGCUGGAAAACUGAAUAUGCUAAAAGCUGUACAAGGCUGGCACCAUAGUUGAGCAGCACCAGAUAAAUUUUCCUAUUCCAUCUACACUCAUUGGGGGAAGGUGACACUUCAUGAUAAAAGCAUGACUAUUGACUAUGUAUCUAUUAAUAAUGGUGGCAGAGGAGGACAUAUUAAAAAAUUAAAAAUAUAAUGUGUUGUUUAAGUUCAUGGAGUAAAUACUUCUUGAAGCCCUGAUAAAAUUCAGAUUUCCAAAUAAGGAAAUAUUGGCUAUAACACAAGCUGUAGAGUAGUUGAAUUAAAGUUACUUCAAAUUGAUAAGAGACUUUCAGACAAUUUAAAGGAAUUGCAUCUUUUUGUUGGGCCAGAUAAUUAGCAUAUGUCUAUGCUGUUACUUAUUGAUUGGUUCAAAUAUAGAUCAUCACACAUGUGCAGCAAGUGUUGAGUGAUUAUAGGCUCAGAGCAGUCUGGAACUUAAAUGGCUGCAAAAGUGCACACACUGUCUCAAAGAACCCAGGAACUCAGUCUUCUUUGUGAUAUCAGAACAAUUAAGCACUGUGCAAAGGUAAAUGAGUGCUAAUAAGACGAGUAAAUGUCUUACAACAUCUUUGCACUGCCCUUUACCAUUUCUUUAUAAUACAAAUUUUAAAAUAAUAGUAACAUUAUAUGUAGUACAUACUUGUAACUUACUGGUAUGUUCCAGCUAUCUGAAUGACCUCUACGAUGAGGAGGCUGCAAUCCAUUAGAGAUGUGUACUAUCAGUGGGACUUCAAUAUACAAUAACUACUGUGGUACUUUAAGUCCCCCUUUCAGUAACCUGAUAAAAUUUACAAAGUUUUUCAUUCAACUGGAAUAGUAUGUGAAGAGGAAGAAUAAAACAGGUUUACAAUUUUAAAAAAAGUUGGAACUUUUGACACGAGAAGCAAAGCCACAAUUAACUGGUUCAAAUACUCAGUUCCUAAAGUGCACUGUUAUUUCAGUGCAAUUUUGCAACAAUAUUCUGUCCUUUUCCUUCUGGGAGUUUAAGCUGGGCUACUAAUCCUGGUUGGAAAUAAACUUUAUUUCUAAAUGGC